UUGAAAGUUGUCUGCUUCAUUCUGAUCGAGAACUGUCGUAUAUUUCGUGCCGAGCAUUCAAAAUUACGUCCAUAUUCAUAGAAGAUUUUUAGCUCAGCUUUAUUAUCUUGUUUUUAAAAUGGUGUAAAACGUACAUUUUACAUUUUUACCGCAUAUUUACUCAAUAUUUACUUGCCUUUUUGAAAUUUAAAUAAACUUAAAGAAUGUCAACAAAACCCAUAGAUGUGGUUGGAAGCAGAGUGAAAAAGAAACAUUUGAAACCGAAACAUCAGAAAGCUAAAUUGUUUAGAGCAAAUGAACCUCUUCUUAGUGUUUUUAUGUGGGGCGUUAAUCAUACGAUUAGCGGACUAACUCAUGUGAAUAUCCCUGUAAUGUUAAUGCCAGAUGACUUCAAAGCCUUCAGCAAAAUACGAGUGGAUAACCACAAUUUCAACAAAGAAAAUAUGCCCAGUCAUUUCAAAGUAAAGGAGUACUGUCCGUUAGUUUUCCGAAAUUUAAGGGAGAGAUUCCGCAUUAACGAAACCGAUUAUAUUAAUUCCUUAACCAAGUCCCAGCCUGUUCUGGUCGAUUCCAACAAUAAAAAUAAUACCAAGUUGUACGAGUCCCACGAUAAAAUGUUUGCUAUUAAAAUGCUCCAAAGUGAAGAAGUAGAAUUUAUGCACUCCCUGCUCAAGCAAUACCAUCCUUACAUAGUUGAGAAGCAUGGGAAAACCCUGUUACCUCAGUACUUAGGACUAUACAGAUUAACUGUUGAUGGAACUGAAACAUAUUUUGUUGUGAUGAGAAACAUCUUCAGUAGCAAUCUCAAAGUCCAUUGUAAAUAUGAUCUCAAGGGCAUGACCGUAGACAGGGAAGCAAGCGUGAAAGAAAAGGUGAAAGAUUUGCCUACUUUGAAAGAUGGAGAUUUCAUUCAAGAUGGUUGUAAAUUGCAUGUGGGUAUGGAUAAAAAGGAAAAACUUAUUGCGAUGUUGACAUCUGAUUGUGAGUUCCUGCAACGUUUUCAUCUGACCGAGUAUUCGGUGUGUGUCGGAAUUCACGACUGUCAGCUCGCCGAAGAGGAAGAAGAGAAGAGAGACCGUUCUGAUGAAAACGAUGAGUGCGAGGAUGAGGGCAGUGAAGAUUCGGCCAAUGCUGUCCCUACGCCGCCCGAUUCUCCUCGAAUUAUACCUAUCCUUGUGAAGGAUCCUCCUGCUCUUCUAAAUCCUUAUGCCAUACAAAGCUCAGAAGAUUAUUCUCGAAGAGAAGUAUACUUCAUGGGUUUAGUGGAUAUUCUUUCUCAUGGAACAAAAAAACGCACGGCCACUAUCAGCGGUACGCAACCUGAGCAGUAUGCAAAACGCCUGAUUGAUUUUAUGUCCAAAGCCAUGCUGUGAUGUUAACAAGAUGCCUUAUUCACCAUUUUAUCUUAAAAAAAUAUCUUCUCUCUAUUUUUGUUCUUUCGCUUGCCAAGUAUAUUAACUAUUGCUUUGCUGUACUGUCACUAAAACAGUGCAGAAAAAAAAAAGAAAAAAAAAACUGCGGUACCUUUCUUAUCUAACCGAGCCCAGAAUCUUAAACUUUAAGCUACUCGACUCUUAGAAAAUAGAAAGAUUUCAAAUACUCCAUGAGCUAAUAAAGAAAGGUUGCUGAGGAAAUAAUGUGGUUGUGCUUUAUUAUUCUCUUUUGAAUUUGUUGAAUAUAGUGUGUUUUAAAAUUUCCCUUGUUGUUAUAUCGUUUAUGAAUUCUUAUCAUGGUCUUUUAGCACAGCCAUCACCGAUAUUUUGAUAUUCUGUUUAUUUUAUGUAUAAUCGCGGUUGACUUAUUCAUCAAUAUUUUAAAGUAUUAAUUGUGAAAUAUUAUAUUUCAGUUAUCAUUAAUUUAACAUCUUUUAUUAUUGAUCAAAUUUGAACAAAAUGUUUUAACUUCAUUAAAUUAUAAAUGUAUCGUAUUUUAUAAUGCAUAAAAGAUUCGUAUAAGUGCUAAACACAAUUGAAUUU